ACUUUCAUAUCAUUAAAGUCACCUUUUUCCUUAUCUCUCUUGUUUUUUUUUUAUUAAUUUAUAAUCGAACAUUGGACAAACGAUCUCGUCUUUUACAUACCAUGGAUCAGUUUACCCAACGAAACGUUUCGGACGAUGAACCAUCUGAUUACUAUAUUUUGAAAUCUGGGAAAAAACGUGAACGAGCCACUCAAGCUUGUUCUCCUUGUCGAAAAAAGAAGAAAAAAUGUGAUGGUGCCAAACCCAACUGUCGAAAUUGUACCGAAGCUGGAUUAGAAUGUGGUUAUGCAGAAUGCAAGCGACGUGGACCUAGAAAAGGAUAUGUACAACUUUUGGAAGAACGUUUGGCUUUAUUGGAAAGAAGGUUGACAGGUAUGCCUCCUUCUUCAACAGGUAGACCAACAAUAACAGCAACAACAAAACAAGGUUCAAGAUUAUAUGCGAAUUCAAGUGUUACAGGCAUGAUGAUACCACAAACUGAAUUAAAUGGGGGUUCUUUAGAUGAUGUCACUAUGCCCUCAGAAGAAGUAGUGCUUCAUCUAGUGGAUUUUUUUUUCAAAUACAUCAAUUCAAUAUUUCCUUUGAUACAUCAUCAUACUCUUGUACAAUCUAUCAAGGAUGGAACUAUUUCACAACCUUUAUUAUGGAGUGUCAUGGCAAUUGGAGCAAGAUUUUCGGAUCAUCCCGAUAUCAAGACAGAUCCUCCUUAUUGGGCUGGUGAAAAGUUUGCUAGAAAGGCCGGAUCAUUAAUCAAUAACGAUUUAUUUGAACCUACUGUACCUAAUUUACAAUUCUGGGGUGUUAUGGCAUGUCUCGAAUAUGGUCGAGCUGCUGGUUCUAGAGCAUGGAUAUACGGUGGGCUUGCUGCAAGAUUAUGCUUUGAAUUGGGAUUUCACAAGGAAGAAACUAUAAGAUCACCUAUUUACAAGAAGGAUGGAACAUUGGAUCGUGUAGCAAUGUUGAUGCGACGACGGAUUUUUUGGAGUUGUUUCAAUAUCGACAAAUAUGGAAGUGCUGGUAAUUCAAGACCCCAAUUUUUCGGUAAAGGUGAUUACGACGUGGGACUUCCAGAUGAUGAAUCCUUGGCGUUAUUGAAUCCAGAAUCUCAAAAUGUCACAGUAAACUACAAACCAGUGACAACAGACUCGUUGGCCUCAUUUAUUAAGCACUACCUCUCAUUGAUGGAAUUAUUUGGUGACGUUAUCAAAGGAUUACAACGGGCAAAAAGCAAUCAAGGAAAAGCAAUUUGGCCACCUAUGGAUGAAUUCGAUCAGCUCAAUGAUGAUCUUCAAGCAUGGAAACACAAUUUACCUCCUCACAUGGAUUUUUCUUUGGACAAUUUAGAUUAUCACUUGGAACGGGCAAGCAGAGGUAAAAUCAAUCAUUAUCUUUGUGCACAUGUGAUUUGGAGAACCUUGGUAUUGGCUCUUCACCGUGGUAGUUUGGCUUAUGUGGAUAAAAAAGACGACGAUACAAACAACAUGGCAUCUUCUUUCUCUCAACAUACAUGGGAACGAAUUCAAUAUAGUGUCAACAUGUGUAAACAAGUAGUCAAUGAUGUUAUGCCAGUGUUCAGAGCUAUGAAGGAUAUAUGUGGUGUUAAUGUGAUUCCUUAUAUGGGCUACUCUUCCUACAUGUUUGCUACUAUUUUGAUGACCUCGGCUUUUACAAAAACAGAAGAACAACACCGAAAAGGGACCAAAGGACUUCUUUUAUUAUAUGAUAUGAUUGAGCUGUUGCGACCUUACUGGCCUGUAUGUGAACGAUUAUCGAUUACUACCCGUGAUUUGAUUGUAUCUCAUAGUAGAAUGUAUGAAUAUUCCCAGGAGACACAUCAUAAACGAACACAUUACGAAGUACCAUUAUCGCCAAAACAAGAACCCAUUGUACGUCCACCAUCAUUUACUUCAUAUUCAUCUGGAUCAUCAUCAGCAGUAGCAACACCAUCAUCAACAAUCUCACCCAUUGCACCAGCAUCUUCAUUAUCAAAUACUUCAACACUUUUAUCCAACACGAUAGAUAUGACUACUGCUGCUCCAUUCGCUGGUGCAGAUCCUUUUACGGCAUCUGGUACUAUUGACUUCAACAGUAGUGCAUUCUUAUACGAUACAGGAUUAUUUGGACAAAUCAUGUUUGACGAAACCAAGUUUAUGAAUAAUAUGACCAACAACAACAACAACAACAACUCGACAAUGCCAUCGAUCUAUGGAAUACAACAACCUAUGGCUUACAACAAUGAUAACAAUAAUAUUGGGCAUACUGGAGGAGGCAAUAACAACACUAAAAAUGGGAAUCAAGGUCAAUCGUCGCCAGCUACAAUAUCAACAUCACCUACUUCAUAUAUACCAUCACAACCAUCUCAAUCACCUCAACAACAACAACCUUCUACAUCACAGUAUGGAAAACGUAUAUGGAACAAUAUCUGGCAGACAACAUGA